UUUUAAAAUGGCGGUUCCAACGUCUGCUUUGAAAUUACAUUCAUAAUCUGCCGCUCAUAAUUCAAAAAUAAUGCCACGGACAUCAUGUUUUGAGGGUCAGUUUGUUCACGAAUAAAGCGAAAACAUCUUAUUUGGAUUCAGAAUGGAUUCUGUGGUCGGAGAGGAUCAAACGCUCCCGUUUGACAUCAACCUGAGCAUUUCCAGACUGCCAGACUCUCUGAACGGCAGCAACUUCAGCAUGGACAACAUAUCAGCACCUCUGUUUCCAGGGCAGAGAAUGUCUCCAGCCAAAGCUCUGACCAUGAAAGAUUACGAGAACCAAAUCACAGCACUAAAGAAAGAAAACUUCAACCUGAAGCUCAGGAUCUAUUUUCUAGAGGAACGUGUGCAGCAGAAAUGUGACGACUCCACGGAGGACAUUUACAAAACGAACAUUGAGCUUAAGGUGGAGGUGGAGUCAAUGAAACGAGAUCUGGCUGAGAAACAGGAACUGUUGGUGUCUGCAUCGAAAGCUUUAGAGAGUUUAGCCAGUCGGGGUGUUGAUGAUGGCAGAGAAAAGAUGCAGAGAGACAUGGACUCACUCAGAGAGGCUUUCAGCGCUCGCAUACAAGAACUCGAAGAGUCUCUGCAAGCUGCCAGAGAGGAGCUGGAAAGUAUGGCCACCAUUGCAGAACAGGAGAAGCUAAAGAAUCUUGGAUUGGAGAGAGAGCUACAAGCUGCCAACCAAUCAGGACCUUCAACCGAUUCAAGCUCCGCCCCCCAACAGGUCCGAGAGCUCCAGCAGGCCCUUCAGGAAAGCGAAAGAGCCAUUGAGCAGCUGCAGGCAGCACUCCGAGAUCAAGAUGGUGUGAUUGGAGAGCUUCAGAAAAAUGGACCGAGCCAGCCGGGAACGGAGCAGGUGACGCAUCUGAACUCUGUCAUUGUCCAGAAAGACUGUCAACUACAGUCUCUUAGUGAAGAACUAGAUCGGGGAAGAGAAAAUGCAGAAAGGGACAAACAGAUAAUUGUUGACAGGCAGAAUGAACUUAGCAGAUUGGAGCAGAAAACCAGACAGCUUACUGAAGAACUGAACACAGCAAAGAACAACGUUCAGACGCUCAAAGAUGCGCUAGAUGAAACGGAGAAGGAGAAGAAGGCUCUUUCUGAUGAGCUCCAGAAGCGAGAGAUCGAGCUCUCUACAGAGAAGAAGAACUCUCUGAAACGAGACAAAGCCAUCCAGGGUCUCACUCUGAUUCUGAAAGAGAAAGAGAAGGAGAUUGAGGAUUUAUCUGGUGAUCUCGAGGAAAAGGAUCAGGCUCUGGCCAAGGCUCGAGAGGCCCUUCAUAAAGCCAAAUUACAGAAAUAUCACGGAGCCGAAGACCAGCAGUCUCUACUUCUGGAGCAGCAGGCUGAAUUAUCACGGCUCCAGGCGGAGGCUCACUCCUCUCUUCUGGAAGCCCAGAGACUGCAGCGUGUGCUCGGUAGCAGGGAUUCAGAGCUUUCCCUCCUUCAGCAGGCCAAACUACAGCUGGAACAAGAGCUGGAGCAACUGCAGCAACAGAAGAAGAAGGGGGACAAAACUAUUAACGAUCUUCAGAACCAGUUGAAGAAGCUCAACGGCACUCUGGCUGACCGAGAGAACGCUCUAGAUCAACAGCGGCUGGAGCAGCAGGAACAGAUCCGCGUAUCUGAACAGAAGAUGCAGAACGCCAUGGAACGACUCACAGCCAGCCUGAAUCAUAAAGAUCAGCAGCUUCAGGACUAUAUGAACAUGGUGAGAGAUUUAGAGAAGAACAAAAGCCAGGAGGAAGGGGAUCCCAUGUUGGCUAAGCUGAGAACACGUCUGAAGGAGAAGGAAAAAGCACUUGAGAAAGCCUUGGAUGAGAAGUUUGCUGCUGUGGAGGAAAAAGAAAAUGAGAUCCAUUUGCUGCAGCUGAGUUUGAGAGAGAAGGAAAGAGAUCUGGAACGUCUUAGCAACCUGCUCUCACACAACGAGGAGACCAUUAAUAGUUUUGAUGCUGUCAUAAAGGAGAGAGAUCUGGAGCUGCAGCAGCUGUUGAACUCACUGAAGAAUCUGCAGAGGAGUAAAGACGAGACGGAAGAAAACCUCCAGAGAGCUCUGAGAGAGAAAGAUGCCAUUAUACAACACUUACAGCAAGCGCUGGACAACAAAACGAGUGAUAUGGAGGAAAUGGCCAAUAGGGUUCUGAACCAGUCAGAGUCUCAGGGUCGUGACCUCGCAGAGCAGAUGAGUCAGAGGUUAAAGGUCACAGAAACAAUGCUUUCAGAGGCAGUGAAGGACCGAGAGAGGCUAGUGACUGAAAACCAGACCGCUGUAGAAAACCUGCUGGCCACCAUCAGCAGCAAAGAUCAGCUUUUGAAGGAAAGUGUGGAGCGUCACACACACACUCUCAGUGACCGUUCAGCUGAAUUGCAGGAUCUUCGUAAGCAGUUAUCAGACACGCAGCAGCAGCUCAGAAACGCACAGAGACUGAAUGCAGCAGCCACGCACGAUGGUCAUCUAGAGACUGCUGAACUCCGGGCAAUGCUGUCAGAGAAAGACGCCCUCAUCAAUAAGCUGCUAGAACGGGGACAGGAGAAAGAUCGUAUCCUGUUCGAAAUGAAGACCGGGGAAGCUCCACCCCCUCAGGUGCUGGAGCUCAGGCAGACCAUCGAGCUCCUUCAGGAGAAACUCAAGGAGAGAGAAGCUGAGCUUAGCAGGGGAAACAGUGAGGAAACCCUGGAUGUGGCUGCAGUCACUAAGAAAUCAGCCGUGCUUUUGAAGAAAGAGCUCUUACAGAAAACUGAUGCUCUGAACGCUGCACUGAAGAGAGAAAAUCAGCUUAAGAUUUCUCUUGCAGAGCUUCAGUCAUCGCUUUCAGAACUGGAGGGACGAUUAGAAGGACAAACCACAAAUAUUGAGUCUCUGACAUCAACGCUCAACACUAAAGAAGAAAUCAUUACUGAGCUGCACCAACGUUUGUCUCAAAAAGACGACAGUCGAGUUCCUCUAACCCACGAUCAAGCCUCACAGCUGGGAGAGAGUGAAUACAGCAUCUCCUCCCUACCUCAGAGAGAAACAACCAUCAUCGGAGGAGAUCGCCAACAACUGGAUGAAGCAUCUCUAUCUGAUCUGCAGAGUGAGCAGGCGGAGUUAAACCGAGCACUGAGAGCUGAGCAACACCUUUACUCCGACCUGAUCAGAGCUGUGAAAGAGCGCGACAGCGUGGAGAGGCUGCAGGCGCUGCAGUUGGAGCUCACAGCCGUGUCUCUCCUCAGACAGCAGCUAGAAAGCGGCGUCCAGAUGAACAGAGAGCUCAGAGAUCAGCUGCAGACAGAGAUCCACAGAACCAAACAGAGAGAAGGUUCAAACCCGUCCGAGUUGCAGACCCUACGGGACGCACUGGAGGAGGCUCAUCGCUGGAACGUCUCUCUGCAAGCCCGACUGGGACAAAUCCAGAAUCGAGGAGGAGGUGUUGGACAGGCCAAUGAUUCAGUGGACACACUGAGCAUGAUUGGCGAUCAGACGUCCUAUAUGAGCAUAUGUGUGGGGGAGGGGCCAGAGGAGGAGCUUCUGCACGUAAUUGUUGACCAGCUCAGAUUAAAGGUUUUAGAGCUUGAGGCAGUAAAUGCUGAACUGCAGAAGAAGCUGGUUCUGAUGGAGAAAGACACUGCGGGUAAUGCUCCAGUAGGCUCUCACUCUCAGAAAGAACCAGAUCUUAUCGACCUCUCAACUCCUAAGCAGCCACAGAGACAGCAGAAACCUUCUUCUGAAGACGGCGCGUCACUAACAGCUUCAAACAUAAAGGAGAGAUGUGAGCAGGGAGAUCAUUCUCCAAAGGAUAAGGUUGAAAUUAAUCAGCCAUCACAGAUGCAGAAAGAGCUAAGGGCAGUACAGCCUACAUCCAAAUUCCCUGGUGAUGAGUCUGAAAAGGCAGAACUCAAAUCCCUGCUCUCAGAUUGUGGGGCGGAAUCAGUCUCUCAACUCAGAGAACAAGUUGCCAAACUCCGUUCAGAAGCGUCUGAACUCCGUGGACUUCUGAAGGAAGAAAAUGCCACAGAAUCCAAAGAGAGCGCAGAGAGUUCUGGUGAAAGCGAUAGCCAUGGAGACUUGCACCACACAGUGAAGGUGCUUCGUUCUGAAGCCAGAAGUCAUCGAAAGAUCAUUCGAUUCUUAAAAGAGCAGCUGGAACGAAACUCUGACCACUCCGAUAGCAUUACUCAACUUGACACCAAGGUGAUGGUCAGCAUGGCCGACAACAUGGAACAACUGCAGACACGACAUGAAGAUUCACAGAGACAUGUCAGUUCACUAGAGAAAAAACAAAGGGAAGGGAAAGAGAUUGAGGAGAAAGAUGAGAGAAGAAGACCUGCCCGAAAUACCAAACCCAGCAAGAGUCAGAAGCAGAACAUGGCCAGACAUGCUGCAUAUGUGAAAUCUCGUCUUCCAGUACCUGUGAGGUCCAGUAGGAGUACCGGACAGAGUUCUGAAGAUCUGAGUGAACUAAAUUCAGACUACAUUCAACCCAUGAGAAAAGACCACCACACUGGGGCAGAAGAGUCUGAUUACAGCACUGACAGUAAGAUGUCCUCAAAAUCAGCUCAGCAAGGACACCUCAAAAUAGACCAGGUUAAAGAUGCUCGGCUGAGUCCAACCAGUGUAACAAAACAAGACAAUAACACUGAUGAUUAUCUUGAAUCCGAGCUCAUGGCACAGUUAGAGUUGUUGAAUCAAGAAUGCCAAGAGAAAGAGGAACUAAUCUCGCACCUGAAGCAACAAGUUCAGGAGUUGGAUGAACUGCAGGUGGAAUUACAGGAGAAGGACAAGCUCAAUCGAGAGUACCUGGAGGCCCUGCAAGCAGCAGAAUCCACUAUUGCAUACCUAACCGCUUGUAGCUUGGACUCGGAGUGUGGAAUUGGUCAAACAGGAGAUGUGACAUUGCAACAACGCUGUGCAGAACUGCAAAAGGCAGUUGAGGAGAAAGACAGAGUCAAUGCUCAGCUUUUGGACUGCUUAAAUACGGCACAGUCUGCCAUCGCAUCACUCAAAAAUGUGGACACAACAAACCGACAAAUGCACCAAGGGCAGGCAGAUACAAAGGUGCUCUGUGAGAGGCUUGAGGACUUGAUCAGUCAGGUCAAAUCUUCCCAGCAGAAUAUAGAUGGGACAAAAGACCCUCAAAGACUAGAAGUUGAUACAAAGUUUGGACCGGAUUCUGACCUGCGGCGGCAAGUGGACGCACUACAGGAGUCAGUGUUGCAGCAGUGCAAGCUGAACACUGAACUACAGGAGAAACUCUGGAUUUCGGAAGCAACCAUUAAAAAGUUGAGUUCAACUAAAAAUGGUGCAUCCACAGAUCUAGAAGGGAAUUUGACUCCAGGACUGCAGGAAGGAAAGGUCCAGUCGAGUCAACAGUUAACUGAAUGCCUGUCUAAGUGCAUUACAGCUGCUGAAGGUGCAGUCCAGUCCCUUGCAGAUGUUUGCUCAAAAUCAAAUCAUGUGGAGAACUUGUCCAGUACAGAGUUGCAGCAGUGGCUAGAGAUGCUGCGAUGUGCCUUGUUGGAAAGAGAUAUGUUGGAGGACCCAGCUUGCAUUGAGAAACACCAACACAAGACAAGCACACCCAUUCAGAACUCGGAGAGCUCUAAAUCACAGCAGCAAUGUAACAUUCUGGACUCUUACACACACCAGAAUCUUCAUAAGAACCUCUUGAUGCUUCUUCAUAUUCAUAAUGAGCUCGCUCAGAAAAUGGCCAGACUUGAGAAAGAACUUAGUGGGCAUGGUCAAAGCGCAGGAGGUGGAGAUGCACCUGGAACUGAAAAUCUGGAGAGAAAUGCCCAGAUUGAAAGUUUGCAGAAGGCCCUGAAGGAGAGGCAGAGAGCCUGUCAGAAAUUAGAGGAGAAGCUGGCGCUCACUCAGUCAGUCAUUGCUGUGCACAAUGCCUCAAACAAGGACAAACACUUUGAACAGCACAAAGUGCUCCCUGGUGAACGGGAUGAUAAAGGGGUGCAGGUGGAGGUGCAGGACCUUGGGUACGAAACGAGUGGAAGAAGUGAGGCGGAAGUGGAGGGCAGUAGCACAGAUGUGGAUGGUGUUUUGCGGUUGGUUCCUGCUCUCUCUCCGGUCCUCUCAGGCCCUCAGGACAGGUUUUCUCCAGACAUGACCACUGCCUCCAGCCCCUCGUACCCCUCAUCUCCUGGCCUAAGCUCUCCUCAGCCCUCUGAACCACAUGCCGACUCCAACAUGCACAUUCAGCAGCUCCGAUCGCAGAUCGAAGGACAGCACAGAGUCAUCCAGCACCUCCAGAGACAGCUGAGGAAGAAGUCUUUAUCAUCUGAGCUCCUAAGUGUGACCUCUGACCUCACAGCAGGCGAAGAAGAGGAAACAAAGAUGAUGAAGGCUCAGAUCGCCCAGCUGAGCACUGAGCUGGAGAGAGAGAGAAGCCUGAACAGAAGCAGUCAACCAGGCUCUCCUUCCAGAAUCGAGUCUCUGGUGCAGUCUCAGGCACGUGAGUUGUGUGAGCUUCGGGAGCAGAUCCGCGUGUCUCGUGGUUUGGGACUGGAACAGCGGAAACAGCUGCUGGAGCUCAGAGGGGCUCUGGAGGACUUACUUCAGCCCACUGACAUGCACUCUGAUCAGGGAACUCAACUCAGAGAGCAACUGGACCGCAGUCUGAGUCUGCUAGAGAGACUAGAGCAGGUUUCUACAGGAGGUGUGGGUGUGGAAAAUGAGGCGGGGGCGGAGCAAGAAAUGAUGCACAGACUCUCUGCAGAACUCCAGGAGAAAGAGAAGCUUAUUCAAGCUCUGCAACACCAACUGCAAAUCCAGGCUCCCAGAAUGCACCAGCACUCAGACUCUGAGAUGAGUGACAUACUGUCUAAUGAUGGCACGUCUUCUUGUCAGGACAGCCCUCCUGCUCAGCGCAGACACACUCCCAGCAGGCCUCACACAAGGAACACAGGGCCGAAGGCGACCAAUGGGGAUGCAUUUGCAGACACAGGACUGGUAUCUGGAAGCGGAGCUUUAGAAGGGGGCGUGGCUGAUGGAGCAGAGCCGUGUGUCCGGAUCCUCCAGCGGGAGAACGGCCGUCUACAGGAGCAGCUGAGGAGCAGUGAGGAGCUCAACACUACACUCAGAAGCGAACUAGACCUCACACGAUCCAUUAUAAAACACAGUCCACAGAGCAAGACCCAAAACAAACAACCUGAGAAGCAGAACACGUCCACUAGCAAGACCAUCAACUCAGAUCUGUUAGCAGAACACUUGCAGGAGAUCCGAGCGUUGCGUCAGCGUCUUGAAGAGACGAUCAGAACCAACGAGAGACUCCGAGAACAGCUAGAAAAAAAGUUACAGGAAGCUGAGAAAGACACAGCAGCCACAAACAUCUUCAUCGCUGGUUCUGAGGAUCAGAGUCACAUCAGCAGUGAACUUCACUUCCUCCAGGCUCAAAACCACACUCUCAAAGAGCAGCUCAACCAGGGAGCCCGAGAUAAACAAAAGGAGAAUGAUCGGCUGAGGGAGACUUUAGCCAGACGAACUGCUAAACUAGAGCUGAGCAAAAACGAGUGUGAAACACUGAAACAAGAGAGAUCGCAACUACAGGACAACCUGUACAGGUUGCAGUGUGAGAACAACCGUCAGAGGCAGCAGUUGAGUGACACUCAGCAGCUACUGCAGUCUGUGCGUGUGGAGUUGCAAGUACACGAGCACAUGAAGAGCACACACACUCACACAGGUGAGGGUCGCAGCUCCAGCUCUGCAGGCGGUUCAGUGGUGGAUAUGAGUGAGCUGUUGGCUGAGAUCAGACAGCUGCGGGUUCAGCUGGAGAGAAGCAUCCAGAUCAACAGCACGCUCAGACAGAGACUCGAACAGCAGCUGCUGAGCCACCGCUCAGACCCUAAAUCAACCAUCAACAUCAACUACCUGCUCAGCAAAACAGAUGAAGCAGGUAAAUCAGAUGUUCUCCACUUACAGACAGAUGCGUCCUGCGCUGCACGUGAUGGUGGCAGUUCAGCUGACUCUGGGUCCAACGCUCCCUCACGGCUGGUCCCCGGUCACCGGCUGUGGGCAGACAGACGUGGACGACACGUUCUGGGGCUAAUAGAGGACUAUAACGCCCUGCGCAAGCAGAUCACUGAAGCCAAGAGACUCACUGCUGAUCUGGAGACACAGAUCCAUGACUGCGGCAGGAGUGUGGAUCAGCUGAAGAGUGUUUCUGGAGGUGUGAACACCAUGCAGCAGGUUCUGGAAGAGGCCGCGCGGCUCCUCAAGCUGCUUUGGAGAGUCUCCGUGCCCUCAGGAGACACACACUCACAGCAGGAUGAUAUGUUGCAGAGUGAGAUCAGUCGUCUGAAGAGUCGUCUGUCUCAGCAGGAGCGCAUGUUAAGCGGAGCUGUCAAACGCCUGAGAUCCACCAAUCAGCUCAAAGAGGGCAUGGAGAGAGUCAUCAUCGACCAACUGUCUCUCACCCAUGGCGUGCUGAAGAGAGCCAGAGGAAACCUGGAGGACGUCCCACUGAAUGUCCCGUGACCAAUCAGAAGUCGAAGGGUGUGGCCAGUACCGGCAGAAGUUCCGCCUGCAGUGAAAACUCCUCCCACUGCAGCUGUUAAGUGGUUAUGAAUAUUCAUGAGAUGAUCAUGAUGAUGACCUCGCCCUUUUAAUGAUCAUUUUUAAUUUAUUCAGUUUUUGAGGUACGCUGAUGUCCUUCAGAGGUAUUUGCACAUUUACAGUAAUCAUUGAGUCGCUGUCAAAGGGAAAGCGUUUGUUUUUAUGGUGUAAAUAGUUUGAGUUUUUACCGUUUUCUCUCGAUGCUUUUGGCCAGUUGUUCUUUGUUAUCCUGAUGUAAAUUAGUGCAUAUUACUGAUGUAAAAGAUGCUGUUUUGAGUAAACUAAACCCUCGUGA